CGGCCGCCGCCGAGCCGGACACUUUUGCCUUGGUAGCUUCUGGCUGGCCCCGAUGGACGCCACGUUCCUCCUUGCCCUCGGGCUGCUGACCCAGAGCCUUGGCCUGUCCCAAGGGGUAGCUGGUCUGCAGCCCCGCACCCUGUACCCCUGGCGCCCCGCAUCUGCGCUGGGCCGCGUCCGGAGAGCCUGGGUGAUCCCGCCCAUCAGUGUGUCGGAGAAUCACAGACGGCUCCCGUACCCCCUGGUGCAGAUCAAGUCGGACAAGCAGCAGCCGGGCAGUGUCAUCUACAGCAUCCAGGGGCCUGGCGUGGACGAGGAGCCCCGCGGCGUCUUCUCCAUCGACAAGUUCACUGGACGGGUGUUCCUCAACGCCAUGCUGGACAGGGAGGAGACUGACCGCUUCAGGCUAAGGGCUUUUGCCCUGGACCUGGGAGGAUCUACCUUGGAGGACCCCACAGACCUGGAGAUCGUGGUUGUGGAUCAGAAUGACAACCGGCCGGUCUUCCUGCAGGAGGCGUUCACAGGUCACGUGCUGGAGGGCGCCGCCCCAGGCACCUACGUGACCAGGGCUGAGGCCACGGAUGCCGACGACCCCGACACGGACAACGCCGCGCUCCGGUACUCCAUCCUGGAGCAGGGCAGCCCUGGGCUCUUCAGCAUUGAUGAGCACACGGGCGAGAUCCGCACCGUGCAAGUGGGGCUGGACCGUGAGGUGGUGGCCGUGUACAACCUGACGCUGCAGGUGGCCGACAUGUCUGGAGAGGGCCUCACCGCCACGGCCUCCGCCAUCAUCUCCCUGGACGAUGUCAAUGACAACGCUCCCGAGUUCACCAGGGAUCAGUUGUCCAUGGAGGCUGCAGAGGCCAUCAGUGGAGUGGAUGUAGGACGCCUCGAGGUGGAAGACAGGGACCUACCUGGCUCCCCCAACUGGGUGGCCAGGUUCACCAUCCUGGAAGGGGACCCGGAAGGACAGUUCACCAUUCGCACUGAUCCCAAGACCAACGAGGGCGUGCUGUCAGUGGUGAAGCCCCUGGACCACGAGAGCCGUGAGCACUAUGAGCUCAUGGUGACGGUGCAGAACGAGGCCCCACUGCAGGCAGCUGCCCCCCGGGCUCAGCGGGGCCAGGCCAGGGUCAGCGUGAGGGUGCAGGAUACUAAUGAGGCCCCUGUGUUCCCGGAGAGCCCACUGCGGACCAGCCUGGCUGAGGGGGCACCCCCAGGAACCCCUGUGGCCCUCUUCUCUGCCAGAGACCCUGACACACAGCAGCUGCAAAGAAUCAGCUAUUCCAAGGACUAUGAUCCUGAGGAUUGGCUGCAGGUGGACAGAGCCACAGGCAAGGUCCAGACCCAGCGCGUGCUGAGCCCCGCCUCCCCCUUCCUCAAGGACGGCUGGUACCGGGCCAUCGUCCUGGCCCUGGAUGACGGCUCUCCACCCAGCACCGGCACCGGCACCCUGUCCAUCGAGAUUGUGGAGGUCAACGACCAUGCACCUGUGCUGGCCCCUCCAGCGCCCAGCAGCCUGUGCAGUGCGCCGGACCAGGGGCCUGGCCUCCUCUUGGGUGCCACAGAUGAGGACCUGCCCCCACACGGGGCGCCUUUCCUUUUCCAGCUGAGCCCCAGGUUCCCAGAGCUCAGCCGGAACUGGAGUCUCAGCCAGGUUAACGUGAGCCACACGCGCCUGCGGCCACGGCACCAGAUCCCUGAGGGCCCGCACCGCCUCAGCCUGCUGCUCCGGGACUCUGGGCAGCCGCCCCAGGAGCGCGAGCAGCCACUGAACGUGACCGUGUGCCGCUGUGGGCCCGACGGCGCCUGCCUGCCGGGGGCCGCUGCGCUGCGGGCCGGGGGCGCGGGCGUCAGCCUGGGCGCGCUGGUCAUCGUGCUGGCCAGCGCCAUCCUGCUGCUACUGCUGGUCCUGCUCGCGGCGAUCCGCUCGCGGUUCCAGCAGCCGCCGCGGGAUAAGGGUCCGCUGCGCGGGCUACAGGACGACCUUCGCGACAACAUCCUCAACUACGACGAGCAGGGAGGCGGGGAGGAGGACCAGGAUGCCUACGACAUAAGCCAGCUGCGCCACCCUACAGAACUGCCGGCUCUGAGCGUCCCCUCAGGACGGCCACCCCUGCGCCGUGAUGCUCCCUUUGGCCACGUGCCUCGCCAGCCACACCGCGUGCUCCCCACCAGCCCUGCUGACAUGGCCAGCUUCAUCAGCGAUGGCCUGGAGGCGGCGGACACUGACCCCAGCGUGCCACCCUAUGACACGGCUCUCAUAUACGACUACGAGGGGGACGGCUCUGUGGCAGGAACGCUCAGCUCCAUCCUGUCCAGCCAUGGUGACGAGGACCAGGACUAUGACUAUCUCAGGGACUGGGGCCCCCGCUUUGCCCGCCUGGCAGACAUGUAUGGGCACCCAUGAGAACCAAGGCCAGGAGUGGAAUGCGCUGUUUGGACGUGGCCACCUGACAGGGAGGGGGCCUUCUGGGGGCACCUGCACCCAGAGACCACAGUGUAACCUAAGGGCCUGACAGGCAGCCCGUUCAUAGCCAAGGCGACCUCUCCAGGACCACUUCCUCUGGCCUUUCUCCCAAGGCAGGAUGAGUGUGAGGGGACGGCACUUGGAGUCUGGAGUGAGUGGCAGGAGGUGGCACCCUCCUGCUGGAGUUGGGGAGCUGCUUCCCAUCCUUGCUGGGGUCACCCCACCUUUGCCCCCCUGGAGGCCAUCUCCUCUGUAUGGAAGCAAGAGCCUCGUGGUGAAUCAGAGUUAAAGUCUU